AUGCGCGCAAUCCCCAAAAUGUUCCUCUCCCAAUCUCACAGGGGAUCUAUGCCAUUCACCCUUCUCUUCCCUCCCCUCUGCCCGCCUCCCCCGCCAUACACCCCGCAGUGGACACCCCGCGUUUCCCCGUGCCUUGUAGCAGGGCUGCCUAUAGAGGAGCUCGAUGCGCACCUGAAUUUCCGCCGGGGGUGGACGCUCGGGUUCGUGGAAGACGUGGAAGAUAAGACGCAAGUACUACCGUUGAUGAGAGGCGCCAUGGAUCGUAAAAUGCACACAAGGAAGCGGAGGGUUUUCAUCGACCUCGGAGCCAAGACGUUUGACACGAGUGUAACCUGGUUUCUCCAAAUGUACCCCCUCGAUUUCACCGAGAUUCACGCGGUAGAAGCAAAUCCGGGCGUGUUCCAAAAGCCAAAUGCAUCAGUGCCAAAGGUACUGGCAACUGGUUUGGGCCAGAAUUCUCGCCUGCGUCCGAGACGACAAGGCCCAGCAGACUUCCCAAACUGGUUGCUGCAACGCGUUCAUCCUUACAACUUCUACGUCUCUUCCCAAGACAACCACAAGAGG